AUAUUUUUUAUUUCAAUAUGAAAAAAAUUACAAUACGCAACAAGACAAAGAUAUUCAUAUUCAAGGUUGUUUUAUUUUACAUGAUCAAAUACGAAUAGGAUCUUACCUUAAUAUAGGAGAUAAGAAAGGUGAAAAAGUUUUAAAGAAAAUAGAACAUUCUGGAAUUAAGAAAUUAUUAAAGAUUCAAAAGAUUCAUUUUGAUGAAGCGAAUGCAAAUUUUGAUUAUUCAAUAGCUUAUUGCAAGAAAAAAUAUAAUCGUUGUUUUAAACAUCAUAAUCAGCCAAAUCCAAACGAUCCAAAAAACAAGAUAAUGAGAUGUAGAUGCUCUUUUCAAGAUUUAAAUGAUUUUUCUGAAUGUAAUUGGUGUAAUAUUGAAUGUUGUUCAAAGAGAGAAUUAGCUAGAUAUGACAACGAAUCAGGUUUUUUUGAGUAUGGAACUUAUAAAACUAGUUCAAAAAAUUCAGAAGGAAAAAACCAACAUCGAUCUUUAAAAAACAAAAGAUAUUUGACAAUAGAUGAGGAAACAUCAGCAAUUGGAAUAAUGAAUGAUUUAAUUGAUGGAAAAAUAUCAGGUGAUGAAGUAAUUGUUAACUAUGCAAAAGAUCAAUUGAGAUGGGUCGUUAAUAAUGGCCCAGCAAAUAUUUCUACAAUCAGCAAAGCAGUAAAAAGUUUAGAAAAAAAGAAGAUGAAACAAUGUUGGAAGCCUUGUAACAUAUUCUUAUAUUCAGACAAUAGUCGUGUAGGAAAAGGAUAUCUAUUAUCUAUAUUGUUUCCAAAUGCAUAUGAAAGAAGAAAUAAUGGUGGAAGAUUUUGGCAAGGUUUUAAAAGUUCUCAUAGAGAAGUUUUAGUUAAUGAAUUCAAAGGUCAAGAAAAAUAUUUAGAAACAUUGAAUCUUUUAGAUUAUAAGGAAUAUUCUGUUCAGAUCAAAGGCUCAGAUAUUAAUUUUUGCCCUUUUGUGAUUGCAUAUACAGCAAAUACAAGUAUUCGAUUCAUAUAUGACUUUUGUGAAGAUGAACAUUUAAAACCUAAAUCAGAACAGAAUUAUAACAAUACUAAAUUAUUCAGUGCAUUUGUAAACCGAUAUGAUUAUAUUAUCGAAUUUAAAAAAUUUAGAGAUGAUGAUAGAAAACUAUGUGAAAAUGAAUGUUUUUGUUGUCGAAUUCGUAUGAUUUUUCAUAAGGGUAAUAUUGAAGAUUUUUUUAAAUUUAAAUUUGAAAUUGAAUUUAAUUAUGAUGUUACAUUAGAAAAAGCAAAAGAAAUUGUUAAAGGAAGAUAUGGAACUAUAGAAGAAUUAGAUAAUAUUCUUUAUUAUCGUGAUGAAUAUUUA